CUUUGCCCUACCAGCUGGUCCCGUCUUGUGACAGUGAGUUUGCUGCAUGCAUGGAUAACACCAGACAUGGAAGUCGUUAACGGGAACGAUCAAGAGUCGCUCCUGAAGAGCAGCGUCAAUGUUGAGAGAUCGACUACAGACUACAGGGUCUACAGAAGACGCUGGUUCAUUCUAGCAGUUCUGUGUGUGUUGAACCUGAGCAAUGGAACCAUCUGGCUGACCUUUGCCCCCAUCGCGGACCAGACAGCGGAGUUCUAUAACGUGUCUCUGACCACGGUGAACUGGCUGUCUCUGGUGUACAUGAUCGCUUCCAUCCCCCUGGGUCUACUGGCAACCUGGCUCCUGGAUACUCUGGGACUGAGAGCAGGGAUCAUCCUGGCAGCAUGCCUGAAUCUGAUUGGUCCUGGUCUGAGGGUGGUGAGCGCCAUCCCAAUGGACAUGUCCGACUCUGUACGCUUUCCCUUGGUGCUGAUUGGUCAGACUGUCGCUGCUGUCGCUCAGCCAUUCAUCAUAGAGUCUCCCGCCAAGGUGGCUGCUGUGUGGUUUGCACAAAACGAGAGGGCCACUGCCAACAUGAUUGGCUCCAUGUCGAAUCCUCUUGGCCUGCUGCUGGCUAACAUCCUCUCCCCGGCUCUGAUUACCACAGACAAGCACGCUGCCAAUGAUUUUGUACUAUUGCUGUCUGUAUAUUGUGCCCUCCCAUUGUUGGGUUUGCUGAUGGCCUUGUUUGGAGUGUGCAGUAGUGAGCCGCCCUCCCCACCAACUGCCAGUGCAGCAGCAGAGUCGGAGUCGUUCUUCCAGGGACUUAAAAAGCUUGCCAGGAACCGUCAGUACUGGGUGUUGUGUGUGGUGUUUGGAUCUGGGCUGGGCCUGUUCAGCACCCUGACUACUAUCCUGGAGCAGGUGCUCUGUCCCAGGGGAUAUGACGAUAGUAUAUCUGGCCUGUGUGCAGCACUAAUGAUCAUCUGUGGGGUGGUUGGUGCUGGUGUGGCGGGGGUCUUUGUUGACAAGACUAAAAUGUUCCAAGAAGUAGUUAAAGUCUCAUACGCCAUGGCAGGGAUUGGGUUUGUUAUACUUGCUGUGCUCUCCAGGUACAGGAACCUAGAUGCAGUCAUGGUGGUUUCGUCAGGGAUUUUUGGCUUCUUUGGUUUCGCCCUGUAUCCCAUCAGCCUGGAGCUGGCCGUGGAGGUCUCCUACCCUGUUGCCGAGGCAACCAGUGCUGGGCUGCUGGUGGUUUCUGGUCAAAUCCAGGGUAUCAUACUGGUGUUCCUGGCCCAGGCACUGGCCCUGCCGCUGUCUGCUGGUGAUGCGCCUUAUGCCAACUGUGGGACAAACGGUGACAUUGUGCCUCAGGACAACACAGUGACCAUGCUGGUGUUUGCAGGGAUCAGCUGUGUAGCUGCAGUGGUGCAGAUCAUUUUCCUCCACCCGGAGUACAAGAGACUCAAGGCAGAGAGGGAAGAGGCAGAAGCUAACAAAGCUCCCACUUAUAAUGGAGUCACUAUUUAAGAUUAGUUAGACCUCCUUUAUGUUGCACAUUCCACUACUGUUCGAAUCCGGUUAGUAUCCGGUUAUACAUCAGAACACAAUUGUAUGCUUGUCAACAUAAGUUUUGCUCCCCAUUGCUCAGUGAUCAUUACAGAUGUGCAAAGAUCUUUUAAAAAUUCACCACAGUAAAGCUUAUAUAAUUUAAAGAUUGUAGUAUUUUAGGAUGUUGGAAAGUUGGUUAGCCAGCGAGGCCUUUUUUGUGUUAGU